CCAACGGUGGAGUAAGUGAGUGGGUGGUGGAGUGGGGCUACCCGCUGGGGUGGUGGGUCCUGAGGCUAGGUCCCAGGGGCAGGGAGUUGUCGCCGCAGCUUCGGGAAGGGCAGAGAGUGAAACUAUGUAGCGUUUUAAGAGCCUCACUUUGCCCCAUCUGAAGUCCAUAUGGCUCUUUAUGAUGAAGAUCUUCAGAAAAAUCCUUUCUAUCUGGCCCUUCAAAAGUGGCGUCCUGACUUGUGCAUCAAGGCGGCCCAGACCCAUGGCGUGGUCUUAGUACCCUGCAAAGGAAGCCUGACAAGCAGUGUUCAGUCUACCUGUCAGUUCGAGUCCUAUGUUUUGAGACCAGUGGAAGAACACUUUCAGACCUUAAAUGGAAAGGAUGUCUUUAUACAAGGAAACAGGAUUAAAUUAGGAGCUGGUUUCACCUGUCUUCUCUCAGUGCCCAUUCUCUUUGAAGAAACUUUCUACAAUGAAAAGGAAGAAAGUUUCAGCCUACUGUGUAUAGCCCAUCCAUUGGAAAAGAGAGAGAGUUCAGAAGAGCCUUCAACAUCCUCAGAUUCCUUUUCCCUGAAAACCAUCGAAGAUGUGAGAGAGUUUUUGGGAAGACACACAGAAAGAUUUGAUAAGAACAUUGCCUCUUUCCAGCGAACAUUCAGGGAAUGUGAAAGGAAGAGUCUCCGUCAUCACAUAGACACGUUGCAUGUCCUGGGUUUGGCGCUAUGGCUUUGGAUUUCGAGAGUGACCUGUCUCUCUACUCUUGCACAGGACUCUGUGAAUGCUCUCUACACCAAAUGCCUCCAGCACCUUCUGAGGGACUCUCACCUGAAAAUGCUUGCCAGGCAUGAGGCCCAGAUGAACCUGAUGAAGCAAGCAGUAGAGAUGUACGUCCAACAUGAUAUUUAUGAUCUGAUCUUUAAAUAUGUGGGGACCAUGGAGGCAAGUGAGGAUGCUGCCUUUAACAAAAUCACAAGAAGCCUUCAAGAUCUUCAGCAGAAAGAUAUUGGUGUGAAACCUGAGUUCAGCUUCAACAUACCCCGUGCAAAGAGAGAACUGGCUCAACUGAACAAAUGUACCUCCCCGCAACAGAAGUUGGCUUGUUUGCACAAGGUGGUGCAGCUCAUCACACAGUCUCCUAGCCAGAGAGUUAACUUGGAGACUGUGUGUGCCGAUGAUCUGCUGUCAGUCCUGUUAUAUUUGCUUGUGAAAACAGAGAUCCCUAAUUGGAUGGCAAAUUUGAGUUAUAUCAAAAACUUCAGAUUCAGCAGCUCAACAAAAGACGAAUUGGGAUACUGUCUGACCUCAGUUGAAGCUGCGAUUGAAUAUAUCCGGCAAGGAAGCCUCUCGGUUAAACCACCGGAGUCUGAGGGAUUUGGUGACAGGCUGUUCCUUAAGCAGAGAAUGAGCUUACUGUCUCAGAUGACUUCAACUACCAUUGACUGCCUCUUUAAGCACAUUGCUUUAGGUAACCAAAAGGAAGUGGAAAGACUUCUGAGCCAAGAAGACCAAGAUAAAGAUGCCAUCCAAAAGCUGUGCCACCCUCUGUGCUUCUGCAGUGACUGUGAGAAACUUGUCUCCAGGAGGCUGAAUGAUCCCUCAGUUGUCACUCCAUUCUCCAGAGAUGACAGGGGUCACACCCCACUCCAUGUGGCUGCCCUCUGUGGACAGGCAUCCCUCAUUGACCUCCUGGUUUCCAGAGGUGCUGUGGUGAACGCCACAGACUACCAUAAGUCCACGCCGCUCCAUCUCGCGUGUCAGAAGGGCUAUCAGAGUGUGACGCUGCUGCUGCUGCACUAUAGGGCCGGUGCUGAUGCGCAGGACAACAGUGGCAACACCCCACUCCACCUGGCCUGCACCCAUGGUCAUGAAGAUUGUGUGAAGGCUUUGAUCUACUAUGAUGUGCAGUCCUGCAGACUCGAUAUUGGUAACGAGAAAGGAGACACUCCCCUACACAUAGCUGCGCGCUGGGGUUACCAAGGCAUCAUAGAGACAUUGCUACAAAACGGAGCAUCCACAGAGAUCCAGAACAGACUGAAAGAAACGCCCCUCAAGUGUGCAUUAAACUCAAAGAUUCUGUCUAUAAUGGAACACCACCAUCUGUCCUCUGAAAGGAGGCAACAGUCUUCAGAGGCUGCUUUGCUGCAGGUCCCUGUGCCACCCCCUCAGCAUUCCAUGGACUCCAUCAGCCAGGGGUCUUCCACCUCCAGCUUCUCCUCUGUGUCUGCCACCUCCAGACAAGAGGAGCCCAAGAAGGACUACAGAGAGGUAGAAAAACUUUUAAGAGCAGUUGCUGAUAGAGAUCUAGAAAUGGUGCGUUACCUUUUGGAGUGGACAGAAGAGGACCUGGAUGAUGUGGAUGAUGCUGUCAGUGUUGCGGAUCUUGAAUUUUGUCACCCGUUGUGCCAGUGCCCAAAAUGUGCUCCGGCGCAAAAGAAGCUGGCAAAGAUUCCUGCCAAUGGGCUUGGUGUGAACGUGACCAGCCAGGACGGCUCCUCCCCACUGCAUGUUGCUGCCCUAUAUGGUUGGGCGGAACUCAUCCCCCUCCUUUUGAAGCAUGGUGCCAGUGUGGGUGCCAGAAACACAAACCAGGCUGUCCCACUCCACCUGGCCUGCCAGCAAGGCCACUUUCAGGUGGUGAAGUAUCUAUUAGAUUACAACUCAAAACCCGAUGAACAGGAUGUAAGUGGAAACACUCCCCUCCUUUAUGCCUGUUCCAGUGGCCACCAUGAAGUCGCAGCACUGUUGCUACAGCAUGGGGCCUCCAUUAACAUCGCUAACAACAAGGGCAACACAGCACUGCACGAGGCUGUGAUAGAAAAACACAUCUUUGUUGUGGAGCUUCUGCUUCUUCACGGGGCAUCAGUUCAGCUCUUGAACAAGAGGCAGUGCACAGCUAUAGAUUGUGCUGAGCAGAAUUCAAAAAUAAUGGAAUUACUUCAGGUAGUACCAAGCUGUGUGGCCACAUUAGAUGAUGUUGGUGAAACAGACCACAAGGAAUACGUUACUGUUAAGAUCAGGAAAAAAUGGAACUCAAAAAUGUAUAAUCGACAAGAUGAACCUUUUACAAGACAGUUUUACUUUGUCCACUCAGUUGGUCAGUUUAAGGGAAGGACUUCAAGGGAGAUUAUGGCAAGAGAUAAAAGUGUCCCUAAUUUUACUGAAGAUUCUUUGCAUGAGCCAGGGAUGGAAGAAGUCACAGAACAACAGAACAACCUGUCAGACCAGAACAGAUCUCAGGCUGCUGACAGAGGAGACGGUGACACGCCUGAGAGGCAUGGACUGAAACAAACUGUUCCUGGAAACAGGCGGAUGCUUUGCAGACAUACUGUCAGUGAUGCAGUUGUACAGAAGGGCCCAGAGACUGCCAGCAACCUCCCCAUUCCCCAAGAGGCUAGUAUUUCCCAGUCUUAACAGUAAUAAGGAAUUAAUUUGGCUGCCAAGAAGUGAGUCCUUAGCAAGAAGAUGCUGAGCAUGAAUACAGCUUAAAACUAAAUGUACUUUGGCUUGAGAAAAAGCAGAAAGUUCCUAAAAGCUUUUCCAUGGCUGGAAAAAUACAGCAAAGAAAAUGAUCACCAUCUCUUUUCUCUUCAGAGCUAAUGAAUAUGCUUGAAAAGGACUACACAAAAAUUCUAGUAGUGUCCAGUUCUUUAAGACUAGGGUGUAUGAUUAUUUUUUUUAUUUUUUAGCAUUUAAAAAAAUUUUUUUAAAUAUAUUUUAUUGAUUAUGCCAUUACAGUUGUCCUAUUUCCCCCCUUCAUUCCCCUCUACCCUGCACACCCCCUCCCCCACCAUUCCCCCCCCUUUAGUUUAUGUCCAUGUGUCUCAAGUUCUUUAGAUUCUAUAUUUCCAAUACUAUUCUUGCCCUCCCCCCUAUCUAUUUUCUACCUACCAUCUAUGCUACUUAUUCUCUGUACCUUCUCCUCCUCCCACUCCCCUGUUGCUAACCCUCCAUGUGAUCUUCAUUUCUAUGGUUCUGCUCCUGAUCUAGCUGUCCUCUCAGUUUACUUUUGUUUUAGGUGUGGUUGUUAAUAACUGUGAGUUUGUUGUCCUUUCACUGUUCAUAUUUUUUAUCUUCUUUUUCUUCGAUAAGUCCCUUUAAUACUUCAUAUAAUAAGGGCUUGGUGAUGAUGAACUCCUUGAAUUUGAUCUUAUCUGAGAAGCACUUUAUCUGCCCUUUCAUUCUAAAUGAAACCUUUGCUGGAUAGAGCAAUCUUGGAUGUAGGUCUUUGGAUUUCAUGACUUGGAAUACUUCUUUCCAGCCCCUUCUUGCCUGUAAGGUCUCUCUUGAGAAAUCUGCUGACAGUCUGAUGGGAACUCCUUUGUAGGUGACUGUCCCCUUAUCUCUUGCUGCUUCUAGGAUUCUCUCCUUCAUUUUUAUCUUGGCUGAUGUCAUUAUGAUGUGCCUUGGUGUGUUCCUUCUUGGGUCCACCUUCUUUGGGACUCUCUGAGCUUCCUGGAUUUCCUGGAAGUCUAUUUCCUUUGCCAGAUUGGGGAAGUUCUCCUUUAUUAUUUGUUCAAAUAAUUUUUCCACUUGUUGCUGUUCCUUUUCCCCUUCUGGUACCCCUAUAAUUCGGAUGUUGGAAUAUUUUAAAAAUGUCCUGGAGGUUCCUAAGCCUCUCCUCAUUUUUUUGAAUUCUUGUUUCUUCAUCCUUUUCUGUUUGGUCAUUUUUUUUUUCCUUCUGGUCCACUCCCUUGAUUUGAGUCCCAGUUUCCUUUCCAUCACUACUGGUUUCCUGUGCAUUUCCCUUCAUUUUUCAAUUAGUUCAGCCUUCAAAUGUUCCUCUAAUUUGUGAUUAAAAUCAACCAGUUUUGUGAGCAUCCUGAUCACGAAUGUUUUGAACUGUACAUCUGAUAGGUUGGCUAUUUCUUGGUCGCUUAGAGUUAUUGGCUCUGGAGCUUUGAGUUCUUCUUGAGCCAUAAUGAUUUGGUUUGUUCACACCUGUUACAUAUGAGUGGCAGAGCCUUAGGUGUUCACCAGGGGGGGCAACUCAGUCGUUCGGUUGUGAUGCUGUAUGUGGGGGCGGGGUCAGAGAGGGGCGAUGGUGGUGCCCUCUGCUGCUUCCCGCCACUGGGGCCUGCAUGGUCUGUCUCACUGCUCGCUCCUUCGCCUGGUUUAUCUGAGUGCGAAUGUGUGGCUGCGGUCAGCCUGUCACUUUGCGCCUUCAUUGGGUCUGCCCAUUACAACCCCACACCUGGGAUCUGCCAACCGCCACCGGCACUCCUGUGUCAGUCUGGCCGAUCUUUCCUGUACGAACCCACUCCACCCCUCUUACCUGAUCACGUGGCUGAAGUCUGGCUGAAGGGUUCGUUGUUGUUGGAAUUCUGUAUAGUUCAAUUUUCUGUGUUUUGGUUGCGUGGUUUUUUUUACUAAAACUUUGUUGUCUUUAAAAUUGGUUGUGCGAGGAGGCACAGUGUUUCCACCUACACCUCCCCAUCUUGGCCAUGAUUCUUUUAAAAAAUAUUUUAAUUGAUUUGAAGAAACAUGGAUUUGUUGUUUCACAUAUUUAUGCUUUCAUUUGUUGAUUCUUACAUGUGCCCUGAUCAGGGAUCAAAUGCACCGCCUUGGUGUAUCAGGACGCCAAGUUGAGCUACCCAGCCAGAUUCCUUGGUUACAGUGAGAGGUUUCAUCACCAGAUUCUGAUCUCCUGCUAAAAGGUUCUAAACCUUUGUGACAUAUAUUAAAUUAAAGCUAAAACAAUUCCACCAUGUGCGAUGAGCUGAAGGGAAGCGGUUUAGGUUUUAUGGUACUAUGGAGGCCAGGCAGAAACGUCACAUUUGAAUGAAGAAAAUAGGACCUGGAAAAUGUUCCUUUGCAAAGCAACACUUGAAUCCAAAGAUGCCUAAAUGCCAUUUUGAUAUUCAUUUGGACAUAUAUGACCUGUUUGACACUAUGUAUGUGGGGAAAGGUGGGUAUAAUUUUUCUAAAACGAAGUACGUACAGAUAUUCGGUCACUGCACAUGCGCACCUGUAGCAAUGUCUUUAGAAACACCCUUUCCAUUAAGAGCCUUCCCUUAAAAGUCACAUCUGAGGAUAGUGGUAACAGAAGGUAGAUUUGGCACAUCUUUCUUAGUCUUUUAAUUCAGAUUCAAAACUUACAGCACAAACCAGGUCAAAGUAACUUUGAGUUAGAAUUUAAUGCUAUUUAUUCCUUUUUAUGAAUUUCUAUAAAUUAUACUUAUUUUUUUAUGUUACUUGGUCUAGUCCACAAACAUGGGUUUGCCCUAAGUACAUUUUCAAAUAACUUUGUAAUAGGGAAAUGGCUUGGUGUGUGUUCUUAGAAAUACUUGUGUAUGUAAAGGGAGGGGCUGAUUAUUUUUCUACAAAGUAAUUUAUGAUUUCUAAUUUUCUAAUGUGCCUUGGGUAUGUGCCAAAUGAUGGAAAAGAAACAGUAAACUUUAUGAUUCUUGA